AUGGCGCCCAGCAGAGCCAUUUUCAGUUCAGCAAAACGCUGCCAAGCUUGCAAUGCCUUCUCACGUCUGAUCCAGUACCAAUCCCGUCAGCCGUCGUCCCUCCUAUGCCGCUUCCAGUCCACCAACAGCACACCAGCCUCCAAUCAAGGCCCACUCUCCAACAUUCGUGUCUUGGACAUGACGCGAGUACUCGCGGGCCCCUACUGCACGCAAAUGCUCGGCGACUUGGGCGCCGAGAUCAUCAAGAUCGAGCACCCCACCCGAGGCGACGACACACGCGCUUGGGGACCUCCAUAUGCCACCUACAGUGACACAUCCUCCAGUUCUGGUCCCGGCGAAUCUGCUUACUUCCUCUCUGUAAACCGCAACAAGAAGUCUGUGGGACUCUCCUUCCAAAGCCCUAAGGGCGUGGAGAUAUUGCAUCAAUUGGUGAAGAACUGUGACGUCUUGGUGGAAAACUACAUCCCCGGUGCGCUGAAGAAAUACUCCCUCGACUACGCCACCCUGUCCGCCCUCAAUCCCAGCCUUAUCUACGCGUCUAUCACUGGCUACGGCCAAACAGGCCCAUACUCGCAACGCGCCGGCUACGACGUUAUGGUUGAAGCUGAGUUUGGCCUCAUGCACAUUACCGGCGCCCGAGAUGGCCCGCCUGUGAAGGUCGGUGUUGCGGUCACGGAUCUGACGACAGGGUUGUAUACUGCGAACGCGAUCUUGGCAAGUCUGAUCGCACGAGGACAGGACCCAGAGAGGAAGGGACAGCAUGUUGAUGUGGCGCUGUCGGACUGCCAGACCGCUACACUCGCCAACAUCGCAUCUUCUGUGCUGAUCAGCGGGAAGAAGGAUGGAGGGAGGUGGGGUACCGCACAUCCUUCCAUCGUGCCCUAUAAGGGCUUCAAGACCGCAGACGGAGACAUCUUACUUGGGGGCGGCAAUGACCGGCUUUACGGCGUCCUUUGCGAUCGGAUAGAGAAGCCGGAAUGGAAGGAGGAUGCGCGGUUCACCACCAACGCUUUACGGGUCCAGCACAGGGACGUUUUGGAGCAGAUGAUCGAAAGCGUUACAUCUCAGAAGAGCACUGCUCAGUGGCUUGAGAUCUUCGAGGGCAGCGGCAUGCCGUACGCGCCUAUAAACGACGUGAAGACCACGCUCGAGUCAGAACACAGUCAGGCAAGGGGAAUGGUGACGGAGGUGGAGCAUGCGGCGUGCGGGAGCAUGAAGGUGGUGAGUCCGCCCGUGAAGUAUAGCAAGGAAGGAAUGGUCGGGGUGAGGAGUGCGCCGCCCAGCUGGGCGCGGGGACAGGGGAGGUGCUGGGGGAGUUGCUGGGAAUGGGAGAGGCGGAGGUAA